AGCAACUUUGUUUUUGUUUUGUUUUUUCUUCAUGCCGUCAAAAUUGUUUUGGAAAAAUGGAGCCAAGAAGGGAUCUGCUGAGAAAUCCCUCAGAAAUUAGGAAUAUCAUAAAAGAUUUUAAAGAUAGACCAAUGUUGUGGGAUAUGUCUCAUGAGCAUUAUUACAAUGUAAUUGAGAAGCAGAAGGAAUUACAAAGCUUCGCUGAGAAAUACAACACAACAGAGAAAGAACUAUCUAACAAGCUUCGGUACCUAAAGAAAACUUACACUGACGAAAGGUUUGAAAGGCGGAGGCCCAGUACAGCUAAUCGUUGUCCUUGGCGAUACUUUGCGGAUAUGAACUUUCUGGAGAAGAAUUUUGAAAUGAUUAAAAAACUUCCGAAGGGCAUACGCAUAGCACCUGUACCAAAAAAUAACCCUCAGCCACGUAUCAAAAUCAAAAGACCAGCAGAUCUACUGGCACCAAUAGCUCAACCUCCAAAUGCCGAACCUCCAGCUAAGAGGCCAAAAACUGCUCCCAAUAGGACCCUAAGUGAAUUUGAAGAUUCCAAAGAUUCUGAGGACUCCCUCGAUUCAGAGGAGUUAUUCAGCCUUUCCCCAAUUAGUCGUUGUGCAUCUCCUACGUAUCUGGAUAGGUUGACAACAGAUCCUAAGGAAAAAUCUAUCGCUCUGAAGUUCAUACACGAUACAUCAGAUAUUUUAUCAGCUAAAAAAUCUAGUUUAUCAGCCUUCUUUGAUUUCAUUAAAAUCAAGUUUGAUGAGAAGAAUAUUAGCAAGGAAAAAUUCGAGGAGUUCGUACACUGGACAACGGAUUUUGUUGAUAAGCUUGAUAUGUUUUAGAUCUAAAUAAAAAAUAUUUAAUAAAUUAUAGGUAAU